AUGGAUCCAUAUGAACACAAAAGCGAAAGAUUUACAUGCAAAGCUUCCAUAGCUGACUAUGAUCUUCAUAGAGGAUGGUGGUAUCAAAGCUGCCCUUUAUGCACAAAAUCAUUGUCUGACAAAGGCACAAUUUUUAGAUGCAUUGAACACAAUGAAGUAACAUCGGUUCCAUGGUUUAAAGUUGAUUGUAUUGUGACUGAUGGCAAUGAUGUUGCAACAUUUCUAAUGGUUGGAAAAACUGCUGAAAACUUAUUUGGCUCCUCUGCCCAUUGCUAUCUCUAUGACAAAGGGUUUAUUGAUUGCAUCCCACCUCCCAUGAUUGAAAAAUUAAACAAGGACAAGAUUUUCCAGCUGAGAUUUGGAGCUUUUCGCUCAGUUGUUAACCGUUGUGACAUCAUUGUUACCAAUGUUUUUGACGACAUUGUAACUGCUGAGGCUCCCCCCUUGCCUAAUGAACCAGAGCUGCAUAUUGUUGAUGUUCCUCUUAAUAAUCAAGCAGCUUCAUCAUCCUCUAAAGUUGUCUCUCCAUUAGACCCAACAACACCAACACCUGUUCCACCAUCUAAAACUAAUGUUAAUUUCUCAUAA